AUAAAUCGGUCAGCAUGGGUCUCGUUUGAAAAUCUCCAACAGCCCUAUUGCGACCUUGGAGGGGGAGGCAUGGCUCGCAGGUAAAUCUUUCUCCCCACGCAAUCAAGAGAUCCCAGUUUCGGCUAGAAUCCCUCGAUUUCGAGGUGAGCUUGCCUUGUCGGUGGUCACGCCUCCCCUUCAAGGUUGUUGAUGGCCCCAAAUCUCAGAGGGAAAGGGAUGAUCGGCUGCAAGUCACUGACAAUCCCCUCUCGUUCUCUAGUCUCCCUAUUUUUUUAUGUUUUUUUUUUUUUAUAUUUUGAAAAUUAUUUUCAAUAAAAUUAAUCUUUUAAUAAUUAUGGGCAGAAAAUUAAUUUUUAAUGUAAAAGUUGCUGAUGGGACUAUAGUGAAAAAAAAGUUGAUUUUAUGGACAGGAUUGAAAAGGAAAAGGAUUUAGGACGAAGGUUAUAGGCAAAAAUACCGGAUUAAAAGUGGCUUCUUUUCCCAAUAAUUUUAAUAUGCGUAACUGCUUUUCCCUCCAAAUUUCGUCUAAUGCCAACUGCCUGCUGGAGGAAGAAAGAAACAUGACUCCCUCCCUUCCCGUUCAGAUAACAGCACAAAGGAGGAACUUCCAUGCAGGCCAUUUAGGUUCUCUCUCUCUCUCUCCCCCUGUCUUUCCUUCUCUCUCGCUCUAAAGCCCUACACCCUCACUUCUCGGUCACAAGGGCCUCCUCGCAGCUGCAAUUCCUCACAGCGGCAAUGGCGGAAACCACCAAAUCAGACACACAUGUCGAUAUCAAGCCAGCCCAUCCGCCCAGAGUCUCCUUUGACUUCAUCGAGUACCCAAUCGGUGAACACAAGGCCCCCUUCUUCAGAUCAGGAUUCCGCCAGCGCCGUGACACCUGGAUCAUCUCUCUGUUUGCGAUCCUCCACAUCGUCGCGUUCAUUUGGACGAUGGCCAUCAACAACUGCGUGGAGAAAUCGCAUGGAGAUUGUGCGGUCAAGGUGUUGGGUAGACUAUCGUUUCAGCCUCUGUCAGAGAAUCCCCUGCUCGGGCCGUCGGCUUCAACGCUGGACAUAAUGGGAGCUCUGCAGCGAAAAUCUCUCAUCGAACAUCUGAAUUGGAGGCUUUUCACCUUUCCAUGCUUACAUGCUGGGUUUGUUCACCUAUUAGUGAACCUGGUCAGUGUGAUGUUCGUGGGGAUUCUUCUAGAGCAAGAGUUCAGAUCAUUAAGAAUCGGGAUGAUCUACGUUCUCUCUGGAUUUGCUGGUAGCCUGUUUGCUGCUCUUUUUGCCCAAGGUAGUCCACAGGUUGGUGCAAGCGGAGCUCUUUUUGGGCUAUUGGGAGCUAUGCUAUCUGGUUUGAUAUGGAACUGGAAACUCUACACUGACAAGGUAAAUCAGCACUCAAUAUCUGUUUUCCCCUCGGUAGAUGGCAAAUUUCUUUGUUAUUCAAGAGAUCCCGUAACUAGGGUGUUGAAACCUCCUUGUUGGCUUCAGCUUGCAGCUCUUGCAUUCAUUUGCUUCAUCUUCGUGGUCAACUUUGUCCUUGGAAUGCUUCCAUUUAUCGACAACUUUGCAAGUAUUGGGGGGUUUAUGUCUGGGAUGUUGCUUGGAUUUGCGGUUUUAUAUACCCCCAGGACUACACAAGUGGCUCAUAAUAAAGCUGGGCUCUUUGACUAUGGCAUUAAGAGUUCUGCCAGGUUGAAGCAAAAGCUCGACAAGCCAAUUCAUAGGAUCGUGGCACUUCUUGUGUUCGUUCUUAUGUUCUCUGGAUGUCUUGUAGCGGUCCUCAGAGGCAUCAAUUUGAACCACUAUUGUAGCUGGUGUAGAUCUGUUGAUUGUGUCCUUUCUAACAGAUGGAGCUGCAACGAAGCAACAUCAUUCUGCCAGACCAUAGUGAGCGAGUCACAGAUGACUUUGACAUGCGUGGCUAAUGGCAACUUCAGGGUAUUCCCUUUCACGAAUGUUUCGCCGGCAAGGACAGGGGACUUGUGCAGUCUGAUCUGCUCUUAACCCUACCAGACGCAGCUUUCUUCCCAUCUGACUUCCCUUGUAUGCUCCGAUACACUUCUCCCGAUACCAUGACAGAACCGAAAAGCAGCUACAAGAAGCACUACCUGUAGUUUUGACUCGAGAGGCAUAACGCUCUCAUCAUUGUCUUGGAGAGUUCACUGUAUUAGGAGUGAUAUAGGACUGUAUAAGGCUUGUUGAAAUUGUAACUGGUCCCCAGCUUGUUCUUUUCAUAGUUUCUGCUGUAGCGGCUCACAUACCUCACUGAGCAGAGUUUUCCAAGACUUUGGUCAUGCUAGAUACUUGUUGGGAGUAUCGUUCUUUCCCGAGAUGUAUCUUACUGUCUUGGAGCUUUCGUCUUGUG